AUGGCUGUUCGACUUCGGAGAAAUUUGUUUGUAUCUCUGAUCAUUUUACUGAUUCUGCUGGCCAUGUACAUGGUUGCUCUGUACCAAGGUAAGCUACCAUUUUACCUUUUUCAAAUUUCAAUUCUUGUAUAUAUCUUGACCGAUAAAGGACACGGAUUUUCGUUAUUCGUUUGUUGGCUAACUAACUAACUUCAAAAAUAGAAAAAUGGUUCUUCACUCCGCGCACUUUCCUUUCGUCAGAUAAGUAUGCGGCAGGAAAUUACGUGUAUCAAACCUGCUGCCACAGUUCACUACCUAACUGAAUCCUUCCUGCUUUUUUUUCUAAUUAAUGUUCAGUUGAACGCUUCUUUACCCACUUGGAACACUCGACUGGACCAAGAAAUACUUCAAACGUAAUGCAUGUAACUUGCUGUUCUGCAAUUCGUUUCGAUCAAACUUUCCUCACAAAGAAAAAUAAUCGCCAUCUCCUGCAUUAACUUGAAACUAGCCAGAGUUUCUAGCGAUGAAAUGACUGUCUAUUGGAGACUCCCGUCUUUACAUUUGUUACUUCUUUUUUACCUUAAGGUUUUCCAAAAUAGUCAGUGUCCAACUUUUUAUUUUUAUUUUUAUUUUUUUCACAGAAAGCCUUGGGUAAUGAAAGUUUGAAACUCAGAAAUUAAAAUGUCUCGUUAAAUAAAUAUGUUUUGCAUUUUUUCUCCUUUAAAUGUGUUAAAACCAUUACUUAAUGGCUACGACUGAAGGUGAAUCAAUCACUCUUGGCUCAACACAUGAUAUAAUGCUGCGAUUAUUUGGAUAAGCAAUAUUCCUUUAUUAGAUAUUAUUAACAGAAAGGUUUUAAUCACAUAUUCAUUAGGCAACAGAUAUAUAUGGCCUUUUAUGGCUAAUUAACGUCAGAGAUGUUUCCUACAGAAGUUGUCCUUGGCAGCUCUCCUGACGAAAAAACUGGCGAGUAGCAUUUUAACAAGGAGAGCUAUCAAGACUGAACACUUGUCAGGAUUGAUAUUUGUUAGCGGUAAUGACUCAUCAAGGACUCUUGUCAAGGAAACGCCAAGGGCAGGCCAAGGAUUUGAGGAAAUUUAACGUCCGCUGGCCGAUUUCAUUAUCGCGCGGGCAAUAAUGAUAACUAUUGGUCGAGAGAAAUUGCAGUUAAAGAGAGGCUUUAUUUUAACUCGAUAAUAAUUUUUAUUUUUCAUCUUUGUUGUCCCUGUAACUGACAUUACUUUCUCCAUAGAUGUUGAGGCGGUCAGGUUCUUGCCCGAAGUAGAUAAAACAGCAGGCAUUGCUAAAAAAGAACUCAAGGUAGGUUAAAUCACGUCGUGUUACUACAGGUGUUAGUAGUGUAGGAGAAUGAUGUUUAUCUAGCCGGCAUAGCAAAGGCGUUUCUGUGCGGUUUCGCGCGGCCAAAACCGAAAAUUCCGUAACGGAAACUCUUGCUACGCAGGCUAAUAUUUAUCUGUCACGAUUUUAUCCUCUUUAACGAUCGUUUUGUUUGCGAGAUCGUUUAAUGUCUUUUAAAUGGACUCGUGUCGACAAAGUCUCAACUAUACUAAAGAAUUAAGAGAUGGGAAAGGUAGUACGGACCGGCUGGAGUUGUAGGUAGAAGAUUACGUUUCUGGGAAACUGCCCACCUACCCCUCCCCUAAGCCAACAUUAACACUUACUUCCUACUUAGGGCAAAGUGCUGGCUUAAGGGAGGGGUAGGUGGGCAGUUUCCCAGAAACAUAAAAUGUUUUGCUUGUUUCAUGUCCUGUUCAGCCUGUUUGUGUAAAAAAUGAACUUUACUUGAGUGUCGAUGUUGUAUUUAAAGUACUAAUUAGGGACAGUACUUGGGUGCCAGUUUACACGGUUUAAGCGCCCCUACCGACUAAGCUAAUCCUGAUUCUCCUGAUUUCUAAUCGAACCUUCUGGCUAAGGCUCUCACGUUAGUCAAUCCACUUUUCAGAUAGAGAAGGAUGAUCACCUUUUGGAGCGGAUUAAAAAGAGACAAGCUGAGCGACAGCAGCGACUCAGAGACUACUGUGAGAAGCACGCUUCAAGCAGAAAUCGAAGCGAUCGAUACGAUCAUCCUAUAAUUGUUAACGAUGAGUACAAAGUAAUCUUCUGCUAUAUUCCCAAGGUGGCCUGCAGUCAAUGGAAACGUGUCUUUCUUGCUCUUGAUAACCGCACCGAUGUGGAUGAUUUGCAUAAGAACAAACAUUAUAAAUUUCUCUUAUAUGAUUAUUCGGACGAGGAUAUUAAAGUGAGGCUAAAAUCUUACUUUAAGUUUCUAUUUGUUCGCGAACCACUCGAGAGGCUUUUGUCAGCCUACAAUAACAAGUUUGUAAACAACAAAUGGUCUUGGAGAAGAAUUCAAAGGUAUAAAACGAAAAUUUUGGAAAGAUACAAACAAGACGAACCUAGUUCUUAUAGCUCCGACCAGUAUCUUACUUUUAAGAAGUUCAUUUAUUAUGUGAGUGAUGUUGGGUUUGAUCGAGAUGCACACUGGCGAUCGUACGGCCCAAUUUGUCACCCAUGUGAUAUAAAGUACGAUUUCAUCGGUCAUUUUGAGGACAUGACAGAAGAAGCACCUUAUAUCCUACGGCAAACAGGAAUGGAUCGAGCGGUGACCUUUCCUCCGUUUCUUACCCACAAUACUACAAGUCAACUUCUUAAAAGCUAUGCCCCGAUACCCAAGGAGAAGAUCGCUCAGCUGGGUAAGGCCUUUGAAGAAGACUUUGAAAUGUUUAAUUACGAUUUCCCAGGGCCUCUAUCCGAUCUCAUGCACGAUUGA